UAUAGACCUGAGGACAAGGUUGCUAAGAAGGAAAGGCUUCUUAAAAGAGCACAAGCUGCUGAAGAGGGGAAGAGUGUGGAAUCAAAGAAGCCUAUUGUCGUUAAAUAUGGUCUUAACCAUGUAACCUACCUCAUUGAACAGAACAAGGCCUAGCUGGUGGUUAUCGCACAUGAUGUAGAUCCACUUGAGCUUGUUGUCUGGUUGCCAGCAUUGUGCCGGAAAAUGGAAGUUCCUUGUGCAAUUGUGAAGAGCAAGUCACGCCUUGGAGCGAUUGUCCACAAGAAAACAUCAGUUUUGUGCCUUACAUCAGUGAAGAACAAGGAUAAACUGGAGUUUAGCAAGGUUUUGGAUGCAGGCAAUGCUAACUUCAAUGACAAGUUUGAUGAGCACCGUAAGAAAUGGGGGGGUGGCAUCAUGGUUUCCAAAUCUCUGGCUAAGACCAAAGCUAAGGAGAGAGUCUUAGCCAAGGAGGCUGCUCAAAGAAUGUCAUGAGCUUCUUCUAGCAAGCUGAUGGACAGAAGUUCAGU